AAACCACCUGCACUACACAAGGCAGUCAGUCAUCUUAAGAUGUUCCCCACGCGAGCCCUCCUCGGCCGCUCGGUCUGGAAAGGCCCCAACAUCGUCCCUCUCCCCCUCCCGCGCAAACUGCCCGCUCCCCCCGGAACGCCGCCGAUCCGCACGCAGAAGCGCGCCGCGACCAUCCUGCCGAACUUCGUGGGGCUGAAGUUCUCGAUCCACAACGGCAAGACCUACCACGACGUGCUGAUUACCGAGGAGAUGGUGGGCCGGAAGUUGGGGGAGUUCGUGCCAACUCGCAAGCGUUUCACGUACAAGAUGUCGAAGAACAAAUAGAUCUUGUCUGUUGUUGGGAAGGCAUGGGGGACAUGGGGGACAUGUCUGGGGUUGUGGAUCGAUACCUUUUUCUUUACGGCGGGGCUUUUUCUUUGUUGGUCGCGAACUUGCGCAAGUGAAAUCUCUCGUCUUUGGCGAGUGGGAGAUAUGCUCUGUGCAAGUUGGAAUUGAAAUUGCAUUGUAGUUUGUUUUUGGCGUUUUCUUAGUUUGUGCUUGAUAUGCUAGAGGAGGGUCUCGGUAAAAGAGAUAAAGAUAGGAAAGAGGUGGCUGGCUAUGUAUAUUAUGUAUUAUCUAUCUAUCCAUGACAUACGAGGAUUCAAG